AUGAUUUCAGAUAUUGGCAAGAUCGGCACACUGAUCGAGGCUGCAAGAGACAUGAAGGAAGACGUUAAUGCAGCACCCACCUUUUCCAUUCGCACGCUGCUCGGGCGAAGGGACGACCCAGUGCUGCAAGUCUACGCUCGGCGCUUGAUCGAGAGCAUUGCGCUGGCCCCGGUGAACACGGGCAGCUCUCGCUCGCUGCUGCUGGGCAUUGCACUGCAGUCCAACAGCCCAGCUACAUUGCGGGCGGUCGUGCAGCAGAUCGAGCAGCAAAAGCUAUGGUAG